GUUUAACGAUUGACUAACUAAAUGUUAGUCAAAUUAGGUUUUGCUUAACGGAAAGGAGUUCGGAUUGGACAUUUAAAUUAAAAUAGAAUUGGGGUUGUAUUUAAAGCAAAUUGUUUGGAUCUAACUAGGUCAUUUUCCCACUAUAGUUGUGUAUGUUGUACUCUUGAAACACAUGCUCAUAGUUAUUUUUGUGUAAAAUUAAUUUUAUUGACCGGAUAAAUUUUUUCUGCAUGUAUGAACAUAUUGUUUUCGUUUUAAAAAAGAGCGAAAAAACUUUUAGUGAAAUGAGUUUAAAUGUCAAUUAGCAGAUGUUGAGGACUUUUAGAUAAAACAAAGAAGUAGGGAAUGGGUAUAAAGACAUGAAAGUUGUAAGAGGAGAUUUAAAUGUCAAAUAAAAGUAGGUGAGGUCUUUUAUAUAAAUAAUAAAUAGCUAAAGGGUCUAAAACAUGAAAGUUGUGUGUUUAGAUGACAAAUAAGAGAAAUGGAGGUCGAUGUAAAAAAAAAAAAAAAAGAGAAAUGGACGCCUUUUAAAAAAAAAAAAAAAAGAAAUAGCAAGAGGACAGGUUUUCAUUGUCAAUAUAAAAAUAAUAUGUAGACAAAAAAGUGACGGUCUCUGUCUUUCUCUCUCCAAUAAAUAAAAACAAAAUUAAAAACAAAAGUGGUUAGGGAUCGGAGUCGGGCCCUGCUGGUAGGAAUCUCUCCGGUGAAGAUGUCGCAACCAGACUUCAGUCUGUCGGACGAGAUUCUGGCGGUGAUCCCAACGGACCCUUAUGAACAACUGGAUCUAGCAAGGAAGAUCACGUCAAUGGCCAUCGCUUCAAGGGUCUCCAAUCUAGAGUCCCAAGUCUCCGUCCUCACGCAGAAGCUUCGUGACAAGGAUAAGCUUAUCGAUGAUCUCGAGGGAAGAGCAUCUUCCUUUGAAAGACUAUACCACGAGGCUGGUUCCUCCCUGAAGAACGCCCUCGACGAAAAUAUGAAACUAAGACAAGAGCGAGAUUCGCUGGCCAUCACUGCCAAGAAACUCGGUCGUGAUUAUGCAAAGCUGGAAGCAUUCAAGAGACAAUUGAUGCAGUCUUUGAAUGAUGAGAAUCCAUCGGUAUGCUCACUCCUUUCUCUUUUUUUUUUUUAUCGACCACAAUCUCAUCUUACAUACUUAUUUGUAUUCUUACAGCAAAUCGACAGCACUGAUGUCAGAGACAAAGAUGAGAAUUCAAAUGGCUUAUCCACCCUCGAUUCUUUCUCCAACAACAACAACCAAGGUUUAAGGCAAAGAGCCUCUUUGACUCCGCCCGGGUUAACUCCUAGCGGAACGCCAAAGAUGGUUUCGGCCGGUGGAUCUCCGAGAAGCUACUCUGCUGCAUCAUCGCCUAAGCUCUUCUCAGGAGCCGCAUCUCCAACAGCUUCACAGUAUGAUCAUAUACGCAUGUGGUCCUCAUCAAGCCAGCAAUCUUCUGUACCAAACUCUCCUCCUCGCUCACAUUCUACUUCAGCUCGCCAUGCGAGGAUUGAUGGGAAAGAGUUCUUUAGACAAGCCAGGAGCCGUUUGUCUUACGAGCAGUUCAGCGCAUUCCUGGCUAACAUCAAGGAACUUAACGCUCGGAAGCAGAGCCGUGAGGAAACAUUGAGGAAGUCGGAGGAGAUAUUCGGGACGGAGAACAAUGAUCUUUACAUAUCCUUUAAAGGACUUCUCACAAGCGGCCGUUGAUCUAUAUAAUAUGAUAACCACCAUCAGGCCCAUCAACACCAUCACCAACAACAACCUUUUUUAGCUUCUUCUUUGGACAUACACCACAGCUUUGAAUGUGAUCUCACUCUUUCAUUCUUCUUCUCAUGACCAAUUUAGUCAUGGCUGAUUUCAAUAAGAAGAUUCAUUUUGUAAUGAAUAUUCAAUGAGGUAGAUGAUCUUAAAUGUAUUUUUAUUAAGAGAAGACAAAAGAUGGGGAACAUAUCAAAGCAAAGUUAGACAA